CUAUAACUUAACCAAAAAUGAAGGACGACAACUGUUUACAUGCUGCCCUUCUCUGCCUGGGAAUGCUUAGCUACAGCCUGGCCAUAGCAACGGAAAGACUGAACCCUUCAAGACCGUCGCUCCAUGGACACCAUGAAAAGGGAAAGGAAGGACAAGUUCUCCACCGUUCCAAAAGAGGAUGGGUGUGGAAUCAAUUCUUUGUAAUAGAGGAAUAUACAGGACCAGAUCCUGUACUGGUGGGCAGGCUUCAUUCCGAUAUCGAUUCUGGCGAUGGGAACAUUAAAUACAUUCUCUCAGGUGAAGGAGCUGGGAUCAUUUUUGUUAUUGACGACAAAUCAGGGAACAUCCAUGCAACAAAGACACUGGAUCGGGAAGAAAGAGCUCAGUACACUUUAACAGCCCAAGCUGUGGACAGGAAUACCAACCGACCCCUGGAACCACCCUCUGAAUUCAUUGUGAAGGUUCAAGAUAUUAACGACAACCCCCCUGAAUUCUUGCAUGAAAACUACCACGCCAAUGUACCAGAGAGAUCCAACGUAGGUACCUCAGUUAUUCAGGUGACAGCCUCAGAUGCUGAUGACCCUACGUAUGGAAACAGUGCCAAACUAGUUUACAGCAUUCUUGAGGGUCAGCCAUAUUUCUCCGUGGAAGCACAAACAGGUAUUAUUAGAACGGCUCUUCCCAACAUGGACAGAGAGGCAAAGGAAGAAUAUCACGUCGUCAUCCAAGCGAAGGACAUGGGAGGACACAUGGGAGGACUCUCAGGGACGACCAAAGUGACAAUAACCCUGACUGACGUCAACGACAACCCGCCAAAAUUCCCGCAGAGUGUUUAUCAGAUGUCGAUAUCAGAAGCUUCCAUCCCAGGAGAAGAAGCCGGAAGAGUGAAGGCCAAAGAUCCCGAUAUUGGGGAAAAUGGCCUAGUAGCGUACAACAUUAUCGACGGGGACGGUAUAGAGAUGUUUGAAAUUACCACGGAUUACGAGACUCAGGAAGGCGUUGUGAAACUUAAGAAGCACCUGGAUUAUGAAGCCAAAAAGACCUACAGUCUGAAAGUGGAGGCGGCCAAUGUACAUAUAGACCCAAAGUUCAUCAACAAUGGACCAUUCAAAGAUACUGUGACUGUGAAAAUUAAUGUGGAGGAUGCUGAUGAGCCACCAGUCUUCUUAAAACCAAAUUAUAUUCUUGCAGUGGAGGAGAAUGCAGGCCCCGAUGCUCCAGUGGGUAGGGUACAUGCCAAAGACCCGGAUGCUAAGAACAGCCCUAUAAGAUAUACAAUUGAUCGUCACACUGACCCCGACAGAUAUUUCAAUAUCAACCUAGAAGAUGGUUCAAUUACAACCGCAAAAAAACUAGACAGAGAAGAAACAGCCUGGCAUAAUAUUUCAGUACUUGCAGCUGAAAUCCAUAACCGGCAUCUGGAAGCUAAAGUCCCAGUAGCGAUCCGAGUUAUCGAUGUAAAUGACAAUGCUCCCAAGUUCUCAGAUGCAUAUGAAACCACCGUCUGUGAGAAGCGUCAGAGCAAUGAGCCAUUAAUUACAAUUACGGCAGAGGACAAGGACGAUACAGCCAACGGCCCAAGAUUUAUCUUUAGUUUGCCGCCCGAAAUUAUCCACAAUCCUAAUUUUACUCUCCAUGAUAACCGAGAUAACUCAGCGAGCAUUAUCGCGAGACGCACAAGCUUCAGUCGACAGGUGCAGGAUUUAUACCUUCUUCCCAUUGUGAUAAAUGAUGGUGGGAACCCCCCACUGAGCAGCACCAACACGCUCACGAUCCGAGUAUGCGGCUGUGAUGGUGAAAGGAUGUUAUGCAAUGCUGAAGCCUAUACCCUUAAUGCAGGACUUAGCACUGGGGCUUUAAUUGCAAUCCUGGCUUGCAUCGUGAUUUUGUUAGUGAUUGUAGUGUUAUUUGUAACACUGAAACGGCAAAAGAAAGAGCCCCUCAUUGUCUUUGAGGAAGAAGAUGUACGAGAGAACAUUAUCACUUAUGAUGACGAAGGGGGCGGGGAGGAAGAUACCGAAGCUUUUGACAUUGCAACGUUGCAAAACCCAGAUGGCAUCAAUGGAUUCAUUCCUCGCAAAGACAUAAAGCCCGAGUAUCAAUACAUGCCCAGGCCAGGGCUUCGGCCUGCUCCAAACAGUGUGGACGUUGAUGACUUUAUCAACACAAGAAUACAUGAAGCCGAUAACGAUCCGACAGCUCCGCCCUACGACUCUAUCCAGAUCUAUGGCUACGAAGGGAGGGGCUCAGUGGCCGGUUCACUAAGCUCUUUAGAGUCAGCGACGACGGAUUCCGAUUUGGACUAUGACUAUCUACAAAACUGGGGACCUCGUUUUAAGAAACUAGCAGACUUAUAUGGCUCCAAAGACACUUUUGAAGACGAUUCUUAACAAUAACAUUUCGAAUUUGGCCUUAAGAACUGUGUCUAAUGUUCUGGAAAAAAAAAUCAGAGGAAAAAAAAUGUAAGCAGGUAUUUUUUAAAAUAAAAUAAGGAAAGGUUCGUAGAACGCAUUUAGGGAUGGCAGAGACGGGGGAGGGUCCUUUCGCUU